AUGAGUUCGCCAAAAGCACUGUCACCAAAAAUCAAGACGCCGAGAGAACUGAGCCCGUCGGCUGAAGAUAGAAUGAAAAAGAGCAGCUCAUCUAAUAAAGUCAACUCAGAGACAAGGGUGGCUAGGUCAGCAUCUCCAGACGUAACUUCCAAGGAUGCCAUGGAUAUUGACAGCGAGGAAAACAAUCUACAAGAAGAGAGAGAUCCAUUACAGAAACUACAAACCACUGAAUUAUUGCCCGAUUUAUAUAACCUUUUAAAUGAUUUACAGAAUGGGCAUAUACUGGCCAAAGAUUUUGACAAUAAUGCUGGGAGCAUAAGGCUUAAACUAUCGAAAAUGAAAGAAAAUUUGCAAAAUAUUCCUGGAAUUAACGAAUCUGUAAAGGCCAGAGAGACGAAGAUUCAGAACUUAAAACUUAGCAACGAGAAGAAAUUACAUUUUUUGAAUAGGUUCAAGCAAAAGGUGGAAUCUGAAUUAGGUGAAAGUUCAACCUGA